AUGGUUCUUGUGUUUGCAGUCUUACUGUCGUUUGUUUUAAUGCUGGAACUUGCCGCAGCUGUUGUUGCAUACAGCAACCAAGAUAGCAUUAAAGACCUUCUAGCUGAGAAGAUUAAUUUAACGAUGCAUCAAUACGGAAAGAAUAAAGAAGCCACGAUCGCAAUCGAUUUUAUGCAAUCUAGGUUACGUUGCUGUGGAUACAACAGCUAUAUGGAUUGGAACAACGUAUCGUUCAACAAAACGUAUAUGGAUAUACCUGAUUCUUGCUGUGCAUAUAUAGUGGACGAGAUACCUGAAUUUCCAGAUCGUUGCCAGGGGAAAUAUCAGGAGGGCUGUAUCAGUCGUCUUUCUAUUAUUGUUCACCGCAGUGCAUUAUACAUCGGCACGGGAGCUGUAGCGAUCGGUCUUAUUCAGUCUAUCACGUAA